AUCUGACUGAUGUCAUCAGAUGUCAGCAGCAUAGAUGUUGUAUCAUGAAAAUUAACAGAUCCCCAUACAACCAGGAUCAUAUAUAUUGCUUUCGUUACGAGCUUCUUGCCACAAGACGCCCGUAUCUUGGAAUUAGCUAAAACAUCGUAUGGUGAGAUAAGCGUGCUCUUUCUGCGACAAUAAACUUUCAGACUGUCAUUCCAGCGAGCUUGACUCGCAACCAUGAAGAGCUGGCCCACUAGCUCUUUGGCCAUCCAGCACGGCGAUUUAAAUCAUCUACAGGCAAUGAUAACUGCUAAAGAUUCUGCUGAAGAUUAUCCUGAGUGCUAUGGAAUGGGCGAUCCACCAUCAGGCAACUUAUGCUCAAUGCAAGGUCUAUUGACACCAACUGUUUUCUUUAACGAUAUGGUGCAACUGGAGCAAAUCGGAUCUAGUUUGGAGUGGGAAAUAGAUUCCAACAGUCUAGUACUCGUUAUAGACAACAUAUUCGGGGAACAUGCCUCAUUCCGAUAUCACAAUAACUGCAUCGUCUGCGAGGGUCGGACAAAAGAAUCGGCGCAAUACUUCAAAGUCUGCAUCGUCGAACUCCGCGACAAACCAUCUAGGCAACUGAGCAAGGAGAAGAAUCGCAUAGCCGCUAGCAAAUGUCGUAGAAAGAAGGUGGCAGAACAUCAAUUGGAGGAGGAGUGGGGGAUACUGAAAGCCCAGAAUAACAUCCUCAAAGCCUUCACGGGGCAACUUCAAGAUGAAGUCCUGUACCUGAAGGAUGAAGUUCUAAAGCACGGCACAUGCGACUUUCUUCCUAUUCAAAGCUAUAUCAAACAGGCGGCGACAUCAAGUAGGCUAAUCGCAAAUGAAAAUGACACGCCCUCGCAGCCCGUGUCAAUUAAGUCGGGCCAGUGA